AUGUUUGAUAACAAAAUAAUCGAUGCAGAGAUUAUCGUGGCUUAUUAUUCGCUCAGUGUGACUAUAGUUGGCACAUUAUUCAACAGUUUAACAUUUAUUGUUCUUUGUCGAUCGACAUUUCGAAACAGUCGAGCAAGACCAACGUUUCACUAUAUGCGAGCGAUAGCUGUAUUUGAUAUCUUGAUGCUCUACGGAUGGAAUCUUGAUCAUUACCUUGGACCAAUACAUGGCUUUACUAUUCAAACGCUAUCCAUACCUUUGUGUCGAUUUUUAUCAUUUUUUAAUUACUUCAUCUGUCAAUCAUCCGCUUGGCUCCGUGUUUUCGUUUGUGUUGAUCGAUAUUUGAUAUUAACUCGGCUACGUCGAACAUGGUUCAGCGAUUCGAAACAUGUCCUAAUUGUUAUCACUUGUAUCAUUACUUUUUCCUUCGGUUUAAAUUCGCUUUUCUUCGUUUUCGGAUGCUCAAAGGAGAGAAAACGCAUUUCUGCUGAAUCUUGGGCAUUUCCAAUGUAUCCUCUAUGGGAUUAUAUCAAUUUAACUGUUUAUAAUUGUAUACCCUUGUUAUUGAUGACAAUAUUCAAUACACGCGUGAUUUCUCAUCUAAUUCGUCUGCGUCGUCAAAGUACAAUUCAAAAUUCUCAAAUUCAACAUUUAUCUAUGUCAAUGACAUUAGUAAUCACGACAUUUCUAUUUUUGAUGAUGACUAUACCUGGAACAGUUGCAUUUGCGUUCUUUUCCUACAGAACGAGCAUCAUCUUAAGACGAUUCUUGGAUGGAAUUUUAUACACGUAUCAUAUCUUAUCAUUUCCAUUGUAUAUGAUCACAUUUGAUGAGUUUCGACAAGAAUUUAUUCUGAUGAUUACAUGCGAAAGGGUAAAAACAAAAGCAAUUACAUUCAAUAUCGCACAACCAUAUUUAAUGAGUCACGUUUAG